CCACCAGACCAUAGACUGUAAAAAAAUAGUUUAGACCUGAGAGGAUUGAAGCUGUUAGUAAGGGUAUUUUCAGACUCUGGCCUGAUUGUCUGGAAAAGGAUAUAUCCCGUUAAUUUGACGAUUUUGACAGGCGCAGCCUAUUUCUGACAAUAGGGUCUGGCCUAGCCUAUUAAAGAAAAUUUGAGCGCAGUAUGGCAUCACUGGAAAAUGCAGACCCAUCGCUGAAAGAAUACAUUUUGAAGAAUUCUCUUCCUCAAAUUUUUCAGUCUCUUUUAGCUGGCCUGUGCACCUCGUGUCCUGACAAUCCCCUGCAUUAUAUUGAGGAGAAGCUUUUAGCAAUCCAGGGGAGCAGAGAAAUUGAUAUUGUGUGGGAUGUGGAGGAUGACCUUUACCCAUCUGAUCAAACUUUGGUGCAUGACAUGAUAGGUCUAUGUAUUUCUGAGAACUCAGAUGACGACAUUACGAAGUCAUCAUUUUUUGAAGAGGCAUUACACUGUUACCGGAGGAGUCUCAUGAAGAUGGGCUUCAUGGCCUGGAAAAGGUAUACUCUGAUAAGACGAAUAGAAGCUGUCAUUCUACGUCGGAACAUGGAUACUGCUAAGAGCCACCAUGCAAGGAACGUCCUGCAUUACACUUUCAGAAUAUGGAUGAAGUGGGUCCAGAGUAAGAAGAAGAGAAAGAGCGAUGCUAUUAAAAAACUCCAAAAAGUGCAUAAACUACUGCAGUGUAGAAACAUUUUUUUUGCCUGGCGGUAUGUGGUGCAGGACUCAAAGAGAACACAACAGUACAUUGAGAGGUGGGAAAAUAGCCUACUGGAGAAGUCUAACCAAGAGGUGGACAGCAUUAAUAACGACAUUAUUUCUGCGCUGCCGAGUAAAUUGUCUUUGAAGAUCUUUCAGUAUUUAGAAUCCGGAGACCUGAUAAGGUGUGCUAAGGUGUGCGACACAUGGAUGGCCAUAACUCAAACCUGCAGUCUCUGGAACAAGAUAAAUUUUUCAGUAGAAAAGCACUGGAUUCAAAGCUGUGAUAUAGAAAAGAUACUGAAGAAGUAUCGUCCUUUUGUGGUCCACUUGAAUCUACGCGGUUGUAUGUCUCUGAUGUGGCCCGCAUUUAGAUGUAUAAGUGAAUGCCGGAAUCUUCAGGAACUCAAUCUGAGUGAAUGCACCAACAUAGAUGAUGAGACAGUUCGAAUAAUAUCUGAGAGCUGUCAGUCCCUACUCUACCUGAAUCUUUCCCACACCUAUGUGACAAAUGGAACUCUGAAAGUGCUUUCAAGGUCCUGUAUGAAUCUGCAGUACUUGAGUCUGGCCCACUGUAGAAGGUUCACAGAUAAAGGGCUGCAGUUUUUGGCUACAGAGAAAGGCUGCCAUGGGCUUGUUUACAUAGAUCUUUCUGGCUGCACUCAGAUAACAGUGGAUGGGUUCAGAUCCAUUGCAGAUGGAUGCAGUGUGCUGCAGCACAUUGUAUUUGACAACAUGCCUACAUUUACAGAUAGGUGCUUACAGGUGCUGACUGCUAAAUGCCACUCUCUAGUUACAAUAUCCCUCCUGGGGUCCUCUCAUCUCACUGACACUGCAUUCAAAACCAUUGCUGAAGCAGCUUCUCUCAUAAAACUACAAAUAGAAGGCAACGAGCAUAUUACAGACAUCGGCUGGAAGGCUGUUUGCAAGAGUUCUCCCAACCUAAGUCAUCUACAUGCUGCUGACUGUCCAAAGAUGACUGAUGCCAGUCUGAAAUACAUAGCAUCCCUGAAGAAUAUUAGUUACCUUGACAUCUCAGAUUGUGUAAGGGUCAGUGAUGUUGGCCUGCGUUGCUUCAUUGACAGUCCAUCUGUUGCCAAGCUCAAAGAGUUCAAUCUCAGCAACUGCCGUGUCAGUGACAUUGUGGUCGUCAGAAUUGUACAGAGAUGCAGCAUGCUCACUACCCUGAAUCUGGCGUACUGUGAAUCCCUAACAGACGUGGGCAUUGAGUUCCUGAGUAACUCCCGCUGUCUUGUCUGUUUGGACAUGACUGGCUGUCAUAUGCAGGACAAAGGACUGACUGCAAUAGGACAAAUUCAAUGUUUAAAGAAGCUCAGUAUAUCUGAAUGUCUUUGGAUAACCGAUAUUGGCAUUGAGAUGUUCUGUCGGCGAGCCAAGCUUCUGGAGGACUUCGACAUAUCUCACUGUGUGUCGCUGUCGGACCUGUCCAUCAAAGCGCUCUCCUUCUACUGCAGAGCCCUGUCACGACUUAUCAUGGCAGGCUGCCCCAAAAUGACAGACGUGUCCAUGCAGUACCUGACUGGCUCUGGACCCCACCUGAGAGAGCUGGACAUCAGCGGUUGUGUUCUCCUCACUGACCGGGCCUGUCGCAUCCUGCUCAAGGGCUGCCAAACCAUCCACUCCCUCACCAUGCUCUACUGUAGGGGAAUCUCCAAGCAGGCAGCGUUGCGCCUUCAGCCUCGCCUCAAGCACUGGGAACAUAGCAGAGAUGACGCUCCUUACUGGUAUGGCUAUGAUGACCUGGACCACCUGAUGCAGCUAAGCAGCAAGCCAGAGAAGCAGGACAUUCCAUCGGAAUAUGACAACAGCCGUCGCCAUAGCAGCACUCUGCCCACAUGACUGCCCAACACAGAUGUGCUCUGGAGAAGAGUAUUAGCC